CGAGCGACGUUUUUGUUACGUCGAUCCUCCUACCUGGCAACAUGCGUCCUGACUGUGCCACAAAGCUGACUGUGUGCCGGGCCGAGGUUUUUGAAGCCCUCCCCAUUCUCAUCUUCGAGAGCCAUCGUCAACAUGUCAACUCACUGGCGUGGCUCAUCGUCUCAAAAUGGCCGUGGUAGAGCACACUACCUGCGUUCGAAUGUCCGGCGCGGUGGCCUGGCCAGACGACCAUCUCCGGCCCCUGAGCUACCUGAUCCCCCUUCAGGAGACAUCCUGUCUCACAUCAAGCGCGAAGACUUGGUCGACAGUCACCCCUCCACGGACGACAGCAAGAGUCCCAAGAUCACCGACUGCACCCUCCUCGCGUCCUACAACUGGCUGGAUCGGAAGGGCCCUACCAUCACUGUCCCAGGCCUCCCACCCGCAUGGACACCACUCCCUGAACCCAUCAAGCUCCAACCCGACGCCGGUCAAUACUAUCGAGACCAAAACGCAGCCCGAUACCCCAAACACCCUCUGCAACCGGCCGUAGAAGCCAUUUUCAAAACCCACCCCACCUUCGACACCACCGACAUCGACAUCGUCGCCUGCGCCAGCACCCUGGGUAACCUCCUGUGCUUCAUCCGCAAAGUGGACAAGAAAUUCCGUAUGAUCGUCGAAACCGUCGGCACAACAGUCUUCUUCAUCCGACGAGAGAACUCCCCCACACAGACCAUCCCCGACGUGCGAGGCUACGGCCACACUUUUCCGGAGUCGUACACAAUAUGGGGACCGGCCGUGCAGGGCUCCGAAUCCCACCAGCGGGCUCUCCGAUACAAUUUCUCGGGAAUGACGUGUGUCGUUCGAUUCGAAGGAGACGGAUAUCUUCCCGAAUCACACUCUAUUACUCCACCUGCAAAUGGAGAGAAACCCAACAAACCUUCACCCCAAACCCAAACCCUCAUAUCCCUCCUCUCAGGCAGCACCAUCACUCCCUACGAACCCGAAACCAGCGACACCUCCCUCCUAGGCAUCCAAACCACCCCAGCCCCCACCACCCUGACGCCGCAAUCCGACAUCUUCGAUCUCAAAACCCGCAGUUUCUACAAAAAAGACACUGACAUCCUCUCCGAGGAAAUAGCCCGACUCUGGGUCUCCCAAAUCCCCAACUUCAUCCUCGCAUUCCACGAAUACGGCAAGUUCACUGAUAUCCGAGUCAUGGAUAUCCGAGAUGAGAUGCAGCAGUGGGAAGUAGAGGAGGAACAGUCCCUUCGCCAACUGGGUUCAUUGCUCAGAAUGUUGAGUAGAUCUGCAUUGGGACGGCCGGAUGGACGAUUCGAGAUCGUGCAUGAGGAGGGCGGCGAGGAGUUACAGUUGAGGGAGGUAGUGGAGGGAGUUGAGCGGGUGUUGCCGGCGAAACUUCAAGAGCGAUGGGUCAAUGGUUAUGGGGAUGAUAGCCUGAGUGGUAAUUGAUUCCUGGGCUUCCAACGAGAGGUCUGGUAAUCAGGCUCUCUCGAGCGACCACAAUGAUGAUGAGUACUAGGAUAAUCAAUGGGAUUGGCACAGUGACGACCAAAGCGAUAAUGACGCCUUCAAGGAUUUCACUGCAUGUUCGGCAUCGGACUGUGGGUAUUGUGGACAUUGUCCGUAUUAAUCUUGAUCGCUCUUGGUUACUCAGGAGGCAUGAUUCGUAG